AUGGACAACACCAACUGGACGUCCGUCUCCGAGUUCGUGCUCCUGGGCCUGUCCGAACGCCAGGACCUGCAGCCGCUGAUCUUCGCGGGGUUUCUGGUCACCUAUGUGGUGAACCUGGUCGGUAACUCCGUGCUGCUGCUGGCGGUAUGGGCUGACCCCCAGCUCCACAGCCCCAUGUAUUUCCUCAUCAGCCAGCUGGCCGUGGUGGACAUGAGCUUCGCCUCCGUCACCCUGCCCCAGGCCCUGGUGCACAUUUUGACCCAGCAUCGGGCCAUCCCCUUUGCCAGCUGCAUGGGCCAAGUCUUUGUUUUCCUGGCCGUGGGCAACAUGGAGGGCUACCUGCUGGCUGCCAUGGCCUACGACCGCUACGUGGCCGUCUGCGACCCGCUGCGCUACUCUGCCGUUGUGACGCGGCGGUUCCUGUGCCUCAAGAUAGUGGCCGCCUCCUGGAUUGUGGUGAUCUUGCACGCCCUGCUGCACGCUGUCAUGGCCGCCCGGUUGCGUUACUGCAGCAACCUGUCACAUUUCUUCUGUCACCAGCAAUCGCUGCUGCGCCUCUCCUGCACCCGGCCCAUUGUCCACGAGCUCGUGGUCUCCACCGAGAGUGUCCUGGUGUUGCUGGCCCCUAUCGCCUUCACCCUGGCCUCCUACACCCGCAUCGGGGUGGCCGUGGCCCGCCUGCGCUCUGUUCAAGCCCUGCGCAAGGCCCUCUCCACCUGCGGCUCCCACCUGACCGUGGUGUUGCUCACGUACGGCAGCGUGCUCUGGCUCUACUUCCACCCAGACUCCAGCAGCACCCAGGGGCAGAAACAGCAAGUGACCUUCUUCUACACCUCUGUGGUGCCCACCCUGAACCCCCUCAUCUACAGCCUGAGGAACAAGGAUGUGGCCGCGGCUCUGAGGAGGGUCAGGAGGAGAGUUCUGGCUUGGGCCACGUGA